AUGCAAGUCGUACAUCCAGUGCCCGUACGACUGGACGUGCCCCAGCGGCCCGGACCAGGAGACAGGCGAAGGCUGCGAGGUACAGGCGGGGUUAGUGUCCGCGGCCAUCGCCUUCUCCUCCGCCAUCUGCUGUGCAGGCAGCCCGUCGGCGGCAGGUUCCGCGUAAAGGUGAAGGGCCGCGAGAGCAGGGACACCAUGGUCGACUGGAACCUGGACGACGGCUUCUCCACCGAGGACGGCGUUACCAAGACGAGGCUCAAGUACUCGCUCGGCGAUGGGCUUUUCGCCUUCUUCCAGCGCGAGCGGGAGGCGGGCCGCGCCAUCCUGACGCCGAGCGAUGGGGAGCCCAUCGAGCACGUGGAUCUGAAUUUGGGCGGCGAGGUGGAGUUCGAGCUCGAGGUCCGAGUGACGACCCUGGCCACGAACGCGCUGCUCGUCGCCAAGGUCUACCCCGAGGUCGAGCCGAUGCGACCCGUCGGGAAGGCGAAAGGCCUGUUGAUCCGCGGGGGCGUCGCCGCCUGGCAGAUCGGCGAGGAGUUCCUGCUAUCCAGCGCGCGCGUGGCCGACGGCGUCCCGCACGACAUCUCGGUCCUCUACGACGCGGAGCAGGACGAGUACGUCCUGAAGGUCGACGGCGAGGAUGACGCCAGGGGAUUGCGGGGGUCCCCAGACGCCCCCGAGUGCAAGCUCGUUUUGGGCUCCCGGAGCGCCCCCCGGGACGAGAGGUACAACGAGGUCCUGCCGCUCCUCGACCAGCUGCGCGGCUGCGGCGUGGAGGUGCUGCCGCUGGAGGAGCAGUCGGACGAGGUUCUCUUCGACGGCGACUUCGACUGGAUCAUCUGGAAGGAACGCCAGUGGAUCAAGGGUCUGGACAAAAUGGAGUGGGUCUCCUACCAGUUGCACGUAGACACCGAGGAUGCCGUGAAGAGAGCGACACCGAAGGCGCCCAGGGCGGAUGAGACCGUGAUCAUGACGGAGCCGGAGGCAGCGCCCGAGCCGAAGGGCACAGCGGCUGCAUACGCGAUCGGCGACGCUGUGGAGUAUUGGUCUAAGACCACGAACUCGUGGUUAGGUUCGAGGGUCAUGGACAUUAGGGGCCAGCCUCGCCAUAGCGAGGAGCACGGCAUGAACGUCUUCACGUACGACCUUUUUGUCAUGGCCGCCAGACAGCGCGUACCCAACGUGGACAUGAAGGACCUGCGCUUGCCGUUCAGUGUGAGUGAGAAGGUAAGCGUGUUCUCCAAGAAGCACGGGGACUGGUACCCGGCCAUCAUACACGCGGCGCCGAGGGAGGCGCGGGACCCGAGGCUCGGGUACGACGUCGCGCUGGAGCCCAGCGAGCUCAAGACGGAGAUGCUGGAGCACGCCAGGCAGCUCAAGGCCAGAAGGAGCUCCAGGGGACCCAGUACGAGAAGAGACCAGGCCGCGGAAGCCGCAAGCGGCCGAGGAGGAACAGGGAUCAGGACGUCGGCGGCAGCGUGGAGCUCGAAUCGGUGCCACAGGUGCCCCCGCCCGGCGGCGACGCGCUGA